GAUUUCUAUGACGGUGAUUAUCAAGACCUAAAGCCGGAUUCGAACAUAGGACUUCACAAUGCAGCCCCAUUGUGGGUCCCGCCGUCACCGUUAAUCCAUAUCAAAACUACCCCUGCAUCACCAGGGAGUCUAAUCUUAACGAUAUUAGGAGUGUUGAGUGGCUCACGGUGA